AUGUGUGGAAUUGUCGCCCUCAUCCUCGCCGACACCUCGUCGGAUGCGGCAGCAGACUUGCACGAGAGUUUGUACUAUUUGCAACACCGUGGCCAAGAUGCUUGUGGUAUAGCCACAUGUGCUGCUGGAGGUAGAAUCUUCCAAUGCAAGGGCAAUGGAAUGGCAUCCAAGGUCUUCGAGGAUGGCAAGCGCGUCGCGGACCUCCCAGGAUACUUUGGCAUUGCCCAUCUGCGCUAUCCGACUGCUGGAACCAGCUCGAGCGCCGAGUCCCAACCAUUCUACGUCAACUCCCCUUACGGUAUCUGCUUCGCGCACAACGGCAACCUGAUCAAUGCCCCCGCUCUGCGCACUUACCUAGACAAGGUGGCCCACCGUCACGUCAACACCGACUCCGACAGCGAACUGAUGCUCAAUGUCUUCGCCAGCGACCUCAAUGAGACCGGCAAGGCUCGUGUCAACACCGACGACAUCUUUAGCGCUCUGGCCAAGACUUACAUGCGAUGUGAGGGAGCAUGGGCCGUCACAGCUAUGAUUGCUGGGUUUGGUAUCCUUGCUUUCCGGGACUCUUUCGGCAUCCGGCCUCUUUCACUUGGUUCCCGUCCGUCAGCCACCAUCGAAGGCGGGAUGGAUUACAUGUUUGCCUCUGAGAGCAUUGCCCUGCGCCAACUCGGAUUCAAAGACAUUCAAGACAUUCUUCCAGGUCAAGCUGUCUUCAUUCAGAAAGGUGGAAAGCCACAAUUCCACCAGGUGGUACCAGCCCAGGGUUACUCUCUUGACAUAUGUAAGCAAGUUCUGAAUUUCAUUUUCAAUAUUGUGCGUGGAAAUACGAGCCGGGAAAUCGUAAGUGUGGCUCGCGAAGCUGGCGCUCGCAAGGUCAUUUUUGCCAGCUGUGCACCCCCGAUCAUCCAUCCACACAUUUAUGGCAUUGAUCUAGCAAGUCCUGAGGAGCUUAUUGCACAUGAAAAGACUAGGCAAGAUAUUGCAAAGCACAUCAAUGCCGAUGAAGUCAUCUACCAGAGCCUCGACGAUCUCAAGGCGGCCUGUUUUGAAGCUGCCCCUGAUACUCCUGUCACCGACUUUGAGUGUGGCGUAUUCUGCGGCCAGUAUACCACCCCAGUGCCAGAUGGCUACUUUGAGCAUCUCAGUCACUUGCGAGGGAAGAAGCGAAAGAUUGGCGCUGGCGAGAGCGUCCCGAAUUCGGCUUUGACUGGCAAUGGAGGCCCUGUAAGUGUUGCGGUGCAUGGUUCGGAGAAUAAGGCCCCGCGCCUCACAAACGGUGAGGCCAACGGCCACGGUGCAGACCGGAAUCCGGAGAACCGUGUCGAUAUAAGUCUGCACAACCUCGCCACGGAGUAG